CGGCGGAUCCCGCACAAGCCCAGCCAAACCUCCAAAGACGAUGAUCGCGCUCUCGCCUUCGAAGCUCGCUCCGGCUCCCGCCAAUCCCUCCACGAGCUCCUCCUCCUCCCUUCCGCCGGCUUCCUUCUUCCCAAUUCGCGCAAACCCGCCCCGCCGCCGCGCCUGCACGUCCGCUCCGGGAGGCCCCGCGCCCUGACGGGGACCUUCUCGAAGUCGUCGCCGGAGGAGGCGGAGCUCUCCUCCGCCCCGGAGGAGGACGAGUGGCUGAAGCGCCUCCCGGACAAGACCAAGCCGCUCUACUCCCACAGCUUGCCCUGCAUCGAGGCCUGGCUGAGGAACCUGGGGUUCUUCCAGAGCAGAGAGGACCGCGCCGUCUGGUUGAUUGAGCUCCCCGAGUGGCACGCGCAGCUCUCUCUCGAUGUCACCGAUCUUUAUAUAAGAUACCUGAAAAGUGGACCUGGAAACCUCGAGAAAGAUGUGGAGAGAAGAUUCAGCUAUGCGUUGAGUAGAGAAGAUAUUGAGAAUGCUAUUCUUGGUGGACCUUAAGAGCAAGUGCCGUACUUUGUCGCGGUCCCGUUGGUUUGGACAGUGUCCUGAGGAGGAGGAGCACAAUGACCUUGAAGUAUUGAAACCUCAGCAUCUUCCGGCUUUUGCAUGGAGAUUGUUCAUGCACCCUGUAUUGGCGGUCCAUGUUUUUUUCAAAUGCCCUUCUCACUUUCAAUUGUUGAAUAUUGGUUCUUUUGCGAGGUGAAGUUGCAAUAUGAACCAACAUAAUGCGGUUGCAUCAUUUAUGAACUUUUCCUUACAACCAUAUGAUGAAAAUCACUUAAUUCA